AUGCCGGCGGAUCGAACCACUCCGCAGCAUCUUUAUCGUCACAAUAAGCUCGCAGACGACAGCCCUGAUUCUACCAGUGCACAUGACAAGGCGGUCAAGAAACAGUCGGCCAGACGCAGAGCGUAUGCAAAACGAAGCUGUCUCAAGUGUCGCGAAAAAAAGGCGAGAUGCGAAUUGCCAGAAGAGAGCCUCGCCACUCCGUCCUCCAUGACCCCGCUCUCCCUCGAGCUUGCCUGUCAUCGGUGCAAGGUUCUAUCACUCGAUUGCAUAGUAUGGGAUGGUGAUCGCAAGAGAAGACCCAAAGUCUCUUUAUCUAGUGGUCAAGACGACCAUGCAGCCGCUUACACCCGUUCCAAUCCAGACCCAAGCUCGUCUCGUCUUCCCUCGUCGCCUCCUCGCAGCCCUGGAUCGCUCGAGCAACUUGCUGCCGCUGCCGCUCGUCUCUCGGAUCAACGUCAUUCCUACCAUUCGUAUCGAGAUGCCAGCGAUGCGUCUCCCCUUGCCACCUCCCUCUCCAACGAUGCCACGAGCGCUAGAGGAGAUGCCGCUUCCACCCUUGCUUCUGUCCAGUUCUUCAAUCCCAUCACCGACGAUGCAGCAACCCCCAGCUCGGUCCAGUCCCCUGCUUCUCAGCGUACCUGCGAUCGUCCUCACAUGCGUUCCGCAUCCACCUCGAGACACAACGCUCAAUCUCCUUGCCAGGCUCAUCCUUCCACACCGGGAUCGACAGCCUCUACCACCUUUCGUGCCUCUUCCGCUCCAUCUUGCUCCUCAGCUUCCAGCAAAGCGCAGCCUCCCGGUCGCACCUGGACCUCCCUUUGGAGACCGCUGUCGGUCCUCAUUGACUAUGCAGCCCAGCAGCCCAGCUUCACCACCUAUCUUCUCGGUCGCAUCGACCGCAGUCUCACCGAUCUUGACAUCCUUGACCUCAUCCCACGUCAGACCCUCAUGUACACCGACCAUUGCAAGCGUCCCACUGUUUCCAGCGCUCUCCUUCUCAGCUCCAUGUGUCUCGUCGCAUGUCGACACGCCAUGCCGCUCACCGAUCCGCUCCCAACAAAGCUCUCGACGCUCGUCGACCAACUUGGCACUCAGAUCUUGCUCUCGGCGCCCAGAGACAUGUAUACCGUCCAGGCGCUUGAACUACUCUUGGCGCACGAACCUUCUCUCGUCGGAACCAGCGUCGCCGGCUCUGCACAGGCUGGGCGUGCCAAUGGUCUUCUUGGCGAAAGUCUGCUUGCCGCCGCUCUCACCAUUGCCAGAGCUCUUGACCUCGACAAGGCCAUCGACAACGUUAUCGACAUCUGCCGUCAGCUCCAGCCCAAAGACCGCAAAGAGGCGCAAAUCCGCCGCGACGUGCUCAUUAAGCACAUGGCUGGUGCCUCCAUCUGGGUGAGUUUGCGCAUCUGGGAGGGCCACUUCUCCUUUGUCAACUCCACCGUUCGUCCGAUCGAUCUCGACGACAUUACCGCAAAGGUAGAAGCCAUUGUCGCCAUCGACAAUGACGGUAAAAAGAUCGAGCGAAUGCAACGCGACCCGUUUCAGUCCACCGAACAACGCUUCCCUGGUCACGAUGAGGACAGCAUCCUCCGCUCUGCCGGCCGCACAGGUCUUGUCUACCGACUCCGAGCCAUGUCUCGUUUUCAAGACACCAUCGCCGGCAUGUAUCGUAUCCUCGCAUCUGCCCCCAAACCGUCGCCAAAGCCGGAUCCUGAUUCAUCAGCGACCCUCACACCCACCACGCCACAGACACGCCAACAGAUGCUUGAUUUGCUCGAUUCUUCGUCACGCAAGCAGCUAGUCUGGCAAGCAGCCAAGGCGCAGGCCUUUAGUCCCUUUGCAAGCGUGCGUCCCGCUCUUUUGCUCGAAGAUUGGGCUACCAUGGAGUCCUACUCCCUCGAAGAACUCUUGCCCUGCCUUGCCAUCUGCGCCUUCAUGACGGGCGAACUGAAUCACGGCUUUUCUGCCAACGAAAUGGUCGAGGCUCUCGUGCACGAUAGCAGCUUCCAAAAGCAUUCCUCCACAAUCUCAGAUAUCAGAGACAAUCAAACGCAGCUCAUGCUCAGCGUUUUUCAUCUCUUUGAUCGUGGUCUCGGCUAUUCCCAACCCGACAUUCUGAACAGAGCCAGCGCUCAAACCCACAAGCAGCGCGGCUCUCUUUGGAUUGAAGCCACGGGCGCUCCCUUGCUGCUCACCACGGCCUUUGCCACCGAAGGAUGCAAAUCGUUUCUCGAAAAAACCGCUUGCUCUUUGCACGGCUUUGAUUUUUUGACUGUCACAGCUGACAUGCACAUUGUCAUGAUGAUCAACACGCUCAACCGGCUCGAGGAGUGCGAUCGCAACGAGUAUUUGCCGCCCAUCCGCGCCAAAAAAACCAACAUGCCACCCCCAAGCCGGAGCUUGCCGAGCCUCACUCCCGACCUGACCGAUUCAAAGAACCAGGCGUCGCCCGGAAGAAGCAUUUCGCAAAUUGGCGUGCUCUUCAUCCAAGAAAUGGUGCAGGUCAUGCAGAAAUGGAAGUUGGGUGCAUCUCUACAAAGGACGGUGCCUUUGCAUUUCCGGGAUAUUCUUGGCAGUGGCAAGGCGCCAGCAGCCACGGCUCAAGGUGACAAGUUUCAGCAUGCGUCUGCGGAAGCGUCCGAGCCUAACGAACAGUCGUCCAAGCCAAACGCCCCUUCACGUAAGACGCAAGUGACGGGACGACAAAAUGCGGCUACAAGCUCACUCGCAGCGGACUCGGCAGGCAACGGGACGUUGCAUGCACAUCCUGAAGGGAGCUUGAGCCAGGCGCAGUCGUUUGCCCAAAAUUUCCAGACGAGAUUCAUCUCGGGCUUGCCGCAGCAGUCGACGGCUUCGGGUGCCACUGUUACCGGAAACGGUGGGCACGGAGGAAUGUUUGAUAUCCCCAUCUUUGACCUGUUUGGGCCUGCCUCGACGAUCGACUGGACCAACAAUGUGCCUUGGUUCGAUCCGGUGGAAAGCGUGGCGUCUGGACCGGAGCUUGCUACGUCUUUGCCGAGCUUUGCGAACGGCGAGCCGACAUCACAGUGGGCUACUUACCAAGCGCCGUCCUGCACGCACAGCUCCUGGUCCGCAACAUCGCCGAGGAAGCGAAGCGUAGGUACGCUACCCCCUCUGCAACACGCGACGAUGCACUACAUGCCACCUGCACCGCCGUCUCAGUCGCAUGCGUACAACGGUGGCUAUGCGGCCUACUCUUUGCCGAGUCCGAGCUCGAUUACAAAUCCGGGCGGUGGAUACGGCGAGGCGCAGGCGGGUGGAUACGCUCAGAGUCACGUGCAUUCGCUGUCGAGCAACGGCGCGCAUCAUCGCCAUCAACCACAGCAGGCGUAUCCGCAUCUGCAUUCACAUUCGCACCCGCAUCCGCAUGAGCAUCAGCUUCAUCAGCAUCCGAACCAGCAUCAGCAUGAGCAUCAUCGCGCUUGUCAUGACGGUGGCGGAAACAGUCUCAGUGCAACUCAUCACGGAGCACGAUGA